UUGUCCCACAGAGCAUACUGAUCGCCAGCAGCAGCCGAGGUCACGGAGGGGAUGUGACGCGUGACUCAACUCGAGGCUGGAUCACUAUAAAGUGGGAAACCUCGCUGAAAAGUUUUAGUUGUCAAUGACACUUCCACAACAGCGGCCUCUUACGUCAUCAUGAUGAACAAACGCCAAACCCUCGCCCUUGUGCAGCUCUGCGGAAUCCUCCUUCUGUGUGAUGUGCAAUGUAAGCCAACCAGACGUCUGACAGGUCAAAAACUUCUGCCCUUCCUUGCUAGAGCGUGCAACAGAGUGAGUCUUGGUGUCUACGAAGAAGUCGCUACCAACAACAACAACGUCGUUUUCUCCCCGAUCAGCAUCUGCACCCUCCUGGCCGUGUGUGUCAGGGGCGCCAGCGACAAGACCCUCGUGGAACUCAGGAAGAGCCUGUUCCUGGAGCUCGUGGACAAGCGAGAGAUGUCCUCGGUGUACGGAGAGGUGUACCGCAGUUUCGUACAAGACCCAAGCGUCAACAUAUCCACGACAAACAUCAUGAUUGUCAAUCAGAACUUCCAGCUGGUCGACAGAACGGUUCAAGACUACCAACAGACGUUUAACGGAACAUUGCUGGAGUUUGAUCCCGAGAUGAAGUCGGAGGUCUCCACGAGCAUCAACAACAUGUUGUCGUCUGCUACGGGUGGGAUGGUGAAGGGAAAGCUGUCAGCAGACGACAUCACGUCCGACCAGGCUCUGUACCUGUUCAACACGCUGUACAUGAGCGCCAGAUGGAGGGACCAGUUUACUACCUCGGAAACCCGCCAACAGAAGUUCUAUCUGAACGCUACCACACAUAUCAUGGUGCCUACCAUGCACAAGAGGGGCAAUUACAGAUGGAACAAGAACUCAAAACUCGGCUUCGACAUGCUUGAGUUGCCGUACGAGGGGAACCGGUUCGCCAUGUAUAUCAUCCUGCCCCGCGAGAAGGACGGACUAGGCAGGCUGGAGAAGGUUCUCACCCCGGAAAGGACGCUUCGCCUGGAGAAGGCUAUCACUAACAUGAAGAAGGCCGCCAAGACAGAGGUGUACCUACCCAAGUUCUCCGUGUCGCAGUCAUUCAGCAUUAAGUCGGCCCUACAAAAAUUCGGCAUCAACCUGUUGUUUGACGAGAAGAAGGCCGAUUUGUCGGCGUUGAUCAAGGGCGGCGACGUGCACGUCAACCAGGCCUUCCACGACUCCGCCAUCGACGUCACGGAGCGGGGGACAGUUGCGGGGACGUACAGCAAGAUGGGCUUCUACUAUCUCUCCUCUAUCCCAGUCUUCAACGCCAACCGCCCCUUCAUGUACGUGCUGCGCGACACCAAAACUGGAUUCAACGUGUUCAUGGGGAGGUGCAUUCGGCCGUGACGCAACUGAAAUAUUCCCAUGAAAUCCUGAUGAAGUUCACCCUCGAGGCAGCUGAAAUGUUUCCCCAACGGAAAUCACGUGUGAAUGGACGAGAGUAGUGUCAUAGCAGCGUUGACUGUCAGUGCUUCUCGACUGCAUCCUCGGCGCCAUUGCGUGUACUGGAGUUAAAACUGGCAUCCGUCCUCACAAACGAACAGCGGACGUUAAACGAAUGAAUGUUUCUAUAAUGCUUCGUCCGUAUCUGAACCAGGAGAUAACAUCAGUUCCGAUUUUCGAUAGGUUCAGAUCCCUGGCUGUUCUAACAUGCAGAUGAAUAUUUCAACAAAUCGACAAGCAUUUUUUUAUUGUGAAUGUGAAGUGCUCCAGAAGCUAAACCCAGCCGUUUUGAAGGUGCAUCCUCGUUGAUCUAGGGGUUUUAACUGUAUGUUUACAGAUUGACUCAAUAGGGGUUGUCCAGGGGGUCCGCCCCUGUGAUGGUAACUUCGAAAAGGCGGCUUUGUGUCCGAAAUUCGCGGUUUCUUUAUUAACGGGGUUCGCUUUGCGAAGGGUCCUCUGCUCGGGUGUCUGCCUAAAGCUAGAGGUACUUCGGACGUUUCCCCUUAGUAAACAGACCGCAUUGGGUGUCUUAGUUACCAAAACUACCAUAGUUAAAGGUGCUUUCCGCUCCACGGCUUUCUCUGUAAGGGAAAAAGGAAGUUAUUGUCACUUGAUUAAUACGAAACCGAGCUUAAUUGACAUAGACGACUCCGUCUGUAAUUAUAAUAUCAUAAAAACAUAUUCAGAUCAAGAUUGACUUUCACCCCAGUUUAAAAAAUUACAUUAAAACUUGGAUCUGUCCGUUAAACGAACUUGGAUGGGCAAAAGAUGGCCGGUGUGACAGUCCUAACGCUAACAUCGCUUUGUUGAGCAGGGCCUAAGUCGUGAAUUGCUUGUCCCAAAUAGCAUAUAUACCCAUAAUAACUUUUCAUGUGAAAGUUGUAGAAUAUAUCAACAGGAAAUGCGACUGGGGCGAGCAAAUUCAGCUUCAUUCAAGGCAAAUGUCAAACUUAAAUUAUAGCUUGCCAUCGUACAUCUGAGAAUAUUGGACAUUUCGGUGAUUGAAGUGAUUACACCCCGCCUGGUUACCGAGUACAUCUGUGCAGAACAACUGUAAAUGUGACUGGACAUUUCCGAACUUUGACCUCAGCUUCUCACCACGUUCGGAGUAGCGCCUCUGGUUGAACUGGUCGAAAGCGGUUAUUUUAGUGCAUUCGUCACUUUCUGUGAUCGGCACGCCAUGAGGGUUGUCCCGGUAUCAUUCGUAAUCACUCGUGCAAUUCCUGGAUCACUCGUGCCAUUCCGGAAGAAGCCGAAGUAACGUGAAGCAUUCGUGACCAACUCGUGUUAUUCCGGGACAAGCCGAAUUGCAGGUUACGGAAAGAGACGAGUGGUGACGAAUGUAACGUGAAGGUGCACGUUUCUCAUUUAACAUUGAUUUUAUGUCCUCAUAGCAAUAUCUUGCUCUUCCAAUAGAACCUGACUUCAUUGCAUAACACUCAAUCAACCAUAAUAUGCUGACACUGUCAAGAUACAUUUUAUCGUAUUUAUUAUUUUGUUUUGUAUGUUUGUAUAUAAUAUCGAUCGAAUAAACAAUCCUAUAGUUGUAA